AUGAUCACCUAUGAAGACCUUACACUGACACAGCUCAAGAAGAUGGCUUCUGAGCGCGGUCUCAAAAUUGAGAACCAACGCGCGAGGAAGCCAUUUGUGACAGCACUGAAAGCCGCUGACGAUGAGAACAAAGAAAACAUACCUCCUGGGACUGAGGAAGCCUUGAAACAAGAGGCAGACAUGGGUGAACGCCCGGACGGUCGAACCAAGCGGCUAGAAAAGACGACUGCACAGCCAUUGGUACGCACAAUGUCGCCGAGCCCCAAUCCUGAGGCUCAACCUGCUCUUUCUCAGCCACACUAUCAUUGUGAAAAGUGUAAGGUUCCGUCUGCCUCAGAGGAGUUGCAUAGAGUUCCGGAAACUCGUGGCCCGUAUUAUGCCUAUCUGAGAUAUGAGGAUGAUACGAGCAACAAGUUUUACCGUCUUCAGGUUAGAAAAAGCGGCACUGAAGAUCUAUAUUACGUCAGGACACAUUGGGGACGCCAUAAAACAUCAAAUCCCUCCUGCGGAUCUUAUGGUUUCAAGAGUCCGGAUGAUGCUAUAGCCAAAUUUGGGAAAGUUUUUCGAGAGAAAACCAGUCUGGACUGGGUUGACCGAGGCAUGGAUCCAAAGAAGAAGAAAUACAGCUACAUAAAGCCUAAGGAUGGAAGCUCCCUCCAGGACGCUGAAGAUGGGAACGUCGGCUCUAGUGACAGAUCGGAGUCCCAACGCACGAAUCUCGUCGACGACAACCUAUCCCAGACGGACACCUCUCGGAAAUCAGUGAAGGUGCCGUCAGGAGGAUCCGAUAGCGACCGUAGCGUUACCCCAACGCCCACCAAAUCUCGUACUCGAGCUCGAACUCGAGCUCCUACUCCUCGUAGAAAGUCUUGA